AUGAGCCGACAAACACCACGAAAGGCUCGCCAUAGCCGUCAGCCGUCAAACCGUAUCCCCGCCGUUUCCGAUUAUGAAUCCGAUGCCGCUGCUAUACAUGCCGAUUAUGCGCCGCCACCUCCACGCACUAAUACUGAGCUUAAUCUCUCUGUCCUCCAACGUUACCUCCCCUCCAUCCACACCAUCCUCAGUAUAGCCGCCAACGCUGUCAUCUACACAUUCAACAGCGCUUCAGAAAGCUGGGAGAAGUCGGGAGUCGAAGGCACUAUGUUUGUCUGCGCGCAGAGUCCGCUCCCUGAGGACCCAGGUCAGCGAGCACGAGCUUGCGUGUUUGUUCUCAACAGACGGGGACUUGACAACGUGAUCGUGGACCUCUCACGGGUCACACAUGCAGAGGUGUCUGGGGAGCUUGUCAUUAUGAAGGUUGAGGGCGAAUGGCAGGAGGGUGACAAGGUACUGGGAGUGUGGAUUCACAACGAUAAGGACGAAACACGAGAAGUAAACGCUGCCAUCAUUCAGGAAGCUUGGAAGAUUGCACGGUCGGCGGGUCCAGUUGAACCACAAGGUCCCGAGGCUGGUCCAGCUAUGCAGGCUAUGGGUAAGAGGCUGAGUCUGAGUGAUCUGUUCGGAUCAGGAAAUGGUCUCAAUAUUGGACACUAG